AGAGGCCAUGGCGACUGUUGAGCUACUGGACAAGGCGAUUGCGCUUGUCGACAGCUUGAUCGCAGGAUCGAAGCCAACAGCGCCGGCAGCUGGAACAGCAACUGCUUGUGCUCCCACUUCAUCAGCAGUCGCGUCCGCAGUGCCAGUAGCGACCGCAGGUGCUACCUCCCCCGCCGCUCCGAAACCUGCUAAGAAGCCCAAAGAACCUAAGCAAGCGGCCCCAGCUGCAGCAGCAUCUGCACCCGCACCCGCGGCCUCCGAAGAUGAGGCCCUUUUUAACCGGGUUCUAAUCAAGGUGGCUCGCAUCGCUGUGGUGGAGCAGCUAGCCAACAGCGAGAAGCUCUACAAGCUACAAAUCGAUCUGGGUGCCGGGGAAACGCGUCAGGUGUGUGCAGGUCUGCGGCAAUACCUGACGGUGGAGCAGCUGUCAGGGGCGCUGGUGUGUGUGGUGGCCAACCUGAAACCUGCCAAACUGGCGGGGGAGGCCAGUGAAGCCAUGGUGCUGGCGGCAGAAGUGGCGGCAGGCGACUCGCUUUUGGUCCGGACGCUCAUCCCACCAGCCGGUGCUGCUCCCGGUGAUGUGGUGUUCCUGGAGGGCGGCGGUCCCUCCCCCGCGCCAGACAAAGUCCUCAAGAGUGACCACUGGAAGAAGAUCGGUGCUGGGUUGCGGGUGGCAGCAGGUCGGGCCACGUUCAAUGGCCGGCCGCUGGUGACGGCAGCAGGGCCCGUGACCUUGCCACCAGAGAUAGUGGACGGCUGCGAGAUCCACUGAUCUGGCGGUGCUGGUGCUGGGGCUG